AUGUUACAGGUGCCAUCUUACGCAGUGCACUGCAUCAAUAUUAAUCCCACGUUGCUAUGUUGGUAUAGUACGACUCUGUACACAUCAGAGCAGCUGAUCAGUGCGCGAGGCUUACCUUUGUCACGCGCAAGCUCAUGGUCGAGCUCGGAGCGAGCGUCGGCCCCGUCGGUCGAGGCGGUCGACGUCGUGCGAGACGCGCCGCUCUACCCCGUGCUGCGGGACGACGCGUUCGACACGACCGACACGACCAGCCCCACCGACACCAGCACUCCUUGCAUCGAUACAGAACAUACGGGCGACGCCAGGAGCAAACGUGCUAGUGCACAGGACUGGGAGAGAGCGCCCAAAACUCACGUGCCGGAGCGACGCGUGAAGACAGGCGACACGAUCCUGAACAUCCGCGGCGCGGUGCGGGACGCUAUCGGUGACGCGGGCGCAGCGCCAGGCCCGCGCGCCUCCUCGCGCCUUGACACAUUCGUCAUCCGUCCCGCGCAGGCGCAGCAGCAGCGCAAGCCGCAGCACGACCAGCCCGCGCCACACAUACCACAUCAGGUGCCGAAGUACGAGCGCGAGCUGCUGGUGGAGGCGCAUGCGCGCGCGCGCAUCGAGUGUGACGUCAGUAACGGUAGUGACGUGCGCUGGUACAAGGACGGGGAGCCUGUGGCGGCGCGGGGCGGGGGCGCGCCCGCAGGGGGCGAGGGCGUGUGGCGGGACGGGGGCGCGCUCAUAGUGGGGCGCGCCACGCGCGGGGACGCCGCCGCCUGGCGGUGUCUGUAUAGCGACCACACGGGGAAGACCGUCUCCGGCAAACCCACCAAGCUGCUCAUAUAUGAGCCGGUGCGCGCGGUGUACCUGGCGGUGGACGGGCGGCGCCUGGACGCGGGCAACACCUGGGUGCCCGUCAGAGAUAAGACUGAGCUGGAGGUGCGCUGCGUUGCUGAAGGCGGCGUGCCCCCGCCCGAGCUGUCGUGGCGGCUGCUGGCGCUGGAGCCGGCGCUGGACCACCGCCCCUACCUGCGCAUACACCACACCAACUACUCCAUCGAGGGCGUGUCGGUGUCGCACGCGGUGGUGACGGCGGCGCGCGAGCUGCACAACGCCACGCUGCAGUGUGACGCGCGCCAGCGCACCCCGCCCACCAGCCCCGGCAGCCCCGGCAGCCCCGGCAGCCCCGGCAGCCCCGGCAGCCCCGCAUCCCCCACCAGUACCAGUGCUGCUCCCGCGCACCUACUCAGCGCCAAAUUAGAGAUACACGUAACAUACCCACCGUCGUUCGUGAUCUCGCGGUGGCCCGGGUUCGGUGUGUCGCUGUCUGCGGGCGGCGCCGCGGCGCUGCGCUGUGACGUCGACGCCAACCCUCCCGCGCGCGCCUGGUGGCUCAGAGACGACGCUAACCCCACCAGUUCCCCGCCGCCGCUGGAGGCGGGCGACGAGGGCGCGCGGGGCUCGGCCACGCUGCGGUGGGCCGCGCUGCGGGGCUCGCACGCCGGCUGGUACCGCUGCCGCGCCACCUGGCUCGACACGGAGUACUCCUCCAUCGGGUACUACCUCAACGUCAUGUCGGCCGAGGAGAACACGGAGACUGCCACCGAGCCGGAGGCGGAGCCCGAGGAACCAGAUCACCAGAAGGUGGAGGUACCACUCGGCGGGAACGUGCAACUACACUGUCCUAAAGGGAGCGUGGGUUGCUGGUGGCGGCGCGUCGUCGGCAACUCCAGCGAGAACUGGGCCCCGGCCGGCUCGCACCAUGCACACGGGGUGCUGGGUAUCAAAGACGCGUUGUACCAGGAGGGAGGCGAGUACAGGUGUGUGGGGGCGCGCGCGCCUGACCUCAUGCGACUGAGGGAGCUCAAGCGAGUCACGCUCAAAGUGACCGGCGGGGCCACGGCGACGGCGCUGAGUGCCGAGCCUUUAUGUUUAAACUGGCCUGAUGACUGUUUGAGGUGCCGUCGUACGCUCGGGUGUGGUGAAUUACGCGCGGGGGGCGCGGCGCCCGCGGCCCUGUCGCCGGACCUGGCGCAGCACUGCUGGCGCGCCGUGCUGCACGUGGUGGAGCCGGACGAGGUGUGGUGCGUGGCGGCGGCGGGGGGGUCGGGCGCGGUGGCGGUGUUCCCCCGCCGCGCGCCGCACCCCUCCCCCGCGCCCGCGCGCCACUCGGUGCGCGCGCUGCACAACAUGGCCGCGCGCACGCACGCACGCCACCUGCAACUGCUGGUGCUGCUGGCGGUCGCCUGGAUGUUCCACUGAUUUCGUCCCGUGAACUGAUUAGACACUUGCACCUUGGAAUCAACUGCAAUGGGAGAGUUGGACAAACAGCCUUCACUACGGAGUCCGAAAUGCAGAGCAAGCGACGUCACCGUACAGUGCGCAGGCGCGAGUUUGAGUAAUGUAGAGUGUACUGGAAGUGGCUAUGUCCAGGUGCGAGUGUAUGGGUGUGGUGGACCCAGGUGCAGUGACUAGUGACGUCAUCAGUGUGAGUGUCACAAACUGUAGCAUUCUCGUGAAUGUGUUGUUACUCGUCCAAGACGAGCUGACUUGUCAGUCUAUCUCCUAUUCUAGUCUUCGUAGCUACCUACUGUAUUACAUUAUUGGUUACUCUAGCGUGUCUGUACUCGUAUGUAUGUAGUACGCGCGCAUUGGCGCCAUACCCCGAAUGGGAGUGGUGCCAGUACGCGCGUGUUGGCCUAACCUUUGUCUCCUGAGUUGUAUCUUCUCUCCACCUUCCUGUAUCCUCUUGUUUUCUAACGUAAUUUAUAAACAGGAAUCGAAUGUGCCAAAUUGUUGAUAUUUUUAAUAUUUAACAUAGAUUUUCUUAUAUUGAUUAUUAUAAAUAUAUUGUCGAUUAUUACGUUAUGUUCGUAUGUUAAUGGAAUGUGAAUUACUAGUGCAAUGUGAACACCAAACGAUAUGAGAUUAUAACUUGUAAUGUAAGUGAGAGUUAGGUCGGUGUGCUGGCUGCCGUGACGCGUACGAGCCGCGCCGCGCCCGCGCCGGCCGGGGCGCGGGGCGGGGGCGCGGGACGGGGGCGCGGGCGCGGCAUGUCUAGCAAUAACUCACACAAGGCGAGGUGGCGCAGCGCGCGGCGCGACUCCUCGCGUCCCCCAGCACACGCAAUAAUAUAUAUUUUAUAUAGAUGUCAAAUUCUUAAAGUAUAAAUAAAUACUGUGUAUCAUAGCUUAAACUGAAUCAUGUAAAUUUCGAUGUCAAUUUUAGUCGUCCGUUUAGGUCGGAUGUUUUUGUAUGAACAAGAUACUGAUAAUAUUUGCUACCACAGUUUUUGCAACAAUCUCGUAGUGUAAGGGAGUGUUGGUGAAAUGGUUGGCGUUGGUGUUGGUGUUGGUCGGUUAGGUUGGUCGCAUUGUGUUUGGUACGGUCGUACGACUGCGUGUAUACGUUACUUGUUGUUUAGUUGCGAGUCGUCAGUCGAUGUUAUAGUUACGUUGCUGCCGCACAUGUGAUAUAGAGGCGCGGCCGCGACCGCACUGCCCGAGGUGUCCGUGUGUCGCAGACAUAUUACACUAACCAGUAUGUCGUUAGUUCGUUAGCUGUAGCGAGAUGUAUUUUUGUAUGUCUGAGCGUUUAUCGUCAAUUGGACAAUGAGUUUUGGAAAGUAAAUAUAAUUGUAAUUAAUAUAGAGGCGCGCUGUGCGCGUAAUACAAACAUGUUGUUUCGUUCGUACCUGGAUGAUGAUAUAAUGAUCCGUCCAUGCGGAGUUCGAUGUAGUUAGUUAAGGAGCUACGUAGUACCCUCGCGUCCCGCUCCCGCCGUACUGUCGCGUGUAGCCGCCUGUUCUCUUGUAGGCUGUCGUCUUUCGUCACUCUCUCGGACAUCCUGUCUCCAUCCCUCGCACUCUCUCUCUCCUUGUCUCCCUCACGACCUCGUGACUCUCUCUCUUUUGUCGCUCGUUAUGUUUCUCCGAGCCCUACCUCAGCCACUGUCCUGCCAGGCAGUGGUGUCGGUGGGGCCCCGCUGGUAGUGCGCCCCGCGGCCCCGCACCUGUCGUCCUCCACCGCGCGGCCCGCUGGCUGCCCACACGCGGGCCCCUGCGGGCCCCGCAGUAGUUGGUCCCGGGUCGCGCGGUCGCUCGUCCUCUUCAGUUUCGUGUCUAGCGUCCAUUCGAUACUACUGUGUCGCAUCUCGGUGCCAACAUAAGUUAAUAGAUCAUAAUAUAUAUUUACAUUUUAUUAUAUACAUUUUAUUAUUUACUUUGAUAUUGAAUGUACAGAAUCCAUAUAUUCAUCGCCAUGUGUUUAUGGAAAUCGUA